UUAUUGUGCCACCACAGCUAAGUCAAGUCUUGUUUUUUGCCUGAAAGUAAUUCGACCACAUUUUCAUGUUUUUGGACCUUGCCUGUUGCCUCGUGUUUUUGUGCCUCUGUCUUUUUUUUGGACUGCUUACCUGCGCAUGACCCUUGCCUGGAUUAAACCCUCCCUCAACAUCAUGUCACUGCCUCUGAGUCCUGCAUUUGGGUCCAGCCUCAUAUACCCAACAAAUUGAUGAGUGACUGGUCGGAACACCAAGGUUUCAGACUUGGUCUGUAGUUUUUAAAGCUAGGAACAGUUCCAAGGGAGCAAGAGGAGAAAACCACCCGUCUGCGUUCAUUUUAAGAACAGAAGAGUGCGGAGGAAGAGACGAAGGAGCGCAGCAACAGACGGAUGAGACAUCAAAAGAGCCGGCAAAGAGAUAGCGAGGAUGCGCCGUUGAGUGCGUAAAUCGAAAGACGGCCACAUCCCCCCCGCCCCACCCCCCAUCUGAUUUACUGUUCAAAGUCCGGCGAAAUAAAACGACCCCCAUCUCGUUGCAGUGCUUCAACAUGACUGUGGCGAGCGGCGUCCGAGAAGACGGGAAGUUCGAAAGCGUGUCCCUGCAUCCUCUCGAAGGAAGAGCAGCGGCGACGGCCGGCCCCCAAGAACAGCAGCCGCUGUGCAUCUUCGGGACGGGAGAUCUGGGACGCUCCCUGGGCCUGCGCCUGCUGGAGACCGGCUGCAGGGUGGUCUACGGCAGCCGUGGACCUCACAGCUGCGGCCCUCUGCCACAAGGAGCUCAGGUGAUGAGCCAUGAGGCGGCGGCCAAGGCAGCGCGACUCAUCUUCAUUUGCGUGCACAGGGAGCAUUACGCAUUCAUGGGCGCGCUGGCGCCUUAUCUGGAAGGAAAGGUGUUGGUGGAUCUUAGUAAUAACCUGAAGAAAGACAUGUACCCAGAAGCUAAUGCUGUUUACUUGCAGAGAGUGGUCCCUGGAGCGACUGUGGUGAAAGGCCUCAACACGUUGUCUGCCUGGGCCCUGCAGAACGGUCUUCUGACAGGAAAACAGGUCUACGUGUGCGGCAACAACGCAGAGGCCAAGCGGGCCGUCGCCGAGGUGGCCACCAAGAUGGGCCUCGCCGUUUCCGACAGGGGCUCUCUGUCGGCGGCCCGGGACCUGGAGGACUUCCCCCUGCGGCUGUUCCCCGAGUGGAGGCUGCCGCUCCAAAUUGCCGUCGGCCUCGCCGCCUUCUUCUAUUUCUAUCUGCUCAUCAGAGACGUCAUCUACGCCUACGUGGAGCAGGGCAAAGACAUCUCCUACAGAAUUAUGGUCUCCCUGGCCAACAAGGUGUUUCCCAUCGUGUCGCUUGUCAUGCUGUCGCUGUGUUACCUGCCCGGCGUCGUCGCCGCCUUCUUUCAGCUCUACAGAGGCACUAAGUACAAGCGAUUCCCGAACUGGCUGGACCGCUGGAUGCUGUGUCGGAAGCAAAUGGGACUGGUCGCUUUGGGCUUUGCCUUCCUCCACGCCAUCUAUACAUUCAUCAUUCCCAUUCGCUACUCCGUCAGACAUAAGCUCAUCUCUCGAGUGGUGGACGAGAUGAAGAACAACAAAACCACGCCGUUUGACUUUAACGAUACGGAAGCGUGGGGAACGGACUCGUUCUACGCGCUGGGCAUCCUGGGUUUCUUUCUUUACGUUCUACUCGGCCUGACGUCGCUACCCUCGGUGGGAGGCUCGCUCAGCUGGAGGGAGUUCAGCUUCAUUCAGUCUAAGAUGGGCCACCUGACUCUGUUCAUAUGCACGGCGCACGGUUACAUUUACGGCUGGAACAAAUUCCUCCGCCCUUCGACGUACAAGUGGUACACUCCCCCGGGCUACAUGCUGUGCCUGGCGGUGCCCUCCGUGGUGCUCGUGCUGAAAAUGCUGAUCUUGGUGCCCUGCGUGGAUCGAACCCUCACCCGCAUUCGCCAGGGCUGGGAGAGGGCCCCGAGCGUGGAGGGGGGCCAGAGCAAGGCCACAAACCUGUGAGCAUCUGAGCUCCUGGUUCGUCGGGAGUGAACUCGGUGCCAUCGGGGAUGGAAAAGACUCGAAUCAACUUUCUUAAUGAGUAAUUGUUGAUCACUGCUUCUCAUGCAUUCUCCUGGCAUCGUUGAGGUUCUACAAGGUAGGGUAAGUUCAUUUUGGGCAAGUUGGAAUACGAUUGUGGCCUCUGAACAAGAUAACUUCCCCCCAAACGGAAAGACCGUCCAGGAUACGAAGCUUUCUAUUUCUCAGCUGUGUUUGUUGUUCCUCUUUUACCAAAUGCGUCAAAAAAUAGACUUGCAUCCCUCCCUCGACGACGCGCAUUGUUGUGAUAAACAGAAGCAAUCAUUUCCAUUCCUCUCUCUCCAAGUGGAGGAUCACCCCCCCCCCCCGAAGCUGCUUUCGUUCGCACGGCCCAAAUUUUCCUCCCUCUCAAGGGCGCCGCGUACGCAAAAUUAGAAUAAAGUGGUCACCCGAGUGGAGCCAGUCUCCGUCAGCCGGUUCGAUGAAACACGCUUUACCCGGUAGAAGGAGAGACUGGUUUCGAGAACACAGCACAGAAACACAAUUGUGUUUCGGUUAGACGUACACAUGCAGCCGUAGUUAAAAAAAAAAAAAAAAAAUGCUUUAUUACUGCUGUCAUCUUCUCUCUUUGGUAUCAUAAAUCCGUGGGCAACUGUGCUUUACUGUGAUUGGACCCAAAUAACCGUGUUAUCCAUCUUGCUCCCCCAAAAAAACAGUGAGAUUUUCAUGCUUUAUUUUUUAGAAUUAAAUUAUAAUGAAUGGAAUAUUUUUUGAAGGUUAUUAGUAUUUUGUAAUCUAUGUAAAAUAGUUUUCAUUAAAAAAUAAUUCACACUGGGGCGGCACGGUGGAGCAGCUGGAAAGCGUUGGCCUGACAGUUCUGAGGUCCCGGGUUCAAUCCCGGACCCACUUGUGUGGAGUUUCCAUGUUCUCCCCAUGCCUGUGUGGGUUUUCUCCGGGUACUCCGGUCUCCCCCCACAUCCCAAACACAUGCGACAUUUAUUGGACACUCUGAAUUGCCCCGAGGUGUGAUUGUGUGUGCGGCUGUUUGUCUCCACGUGCCCUGUGAUUGGCUGGUGACCAGUUCGGGGUGUACCCUGCCUCCAGCCCACUGACAGUUGGGAUAGCAACCCUUGUGAGAAUAAGCGGCUUAGAAAAUGGAUGGAUAGAUGUGUGACCCUUGUGAGGAUAGGUGGCUUUCAAAAUAGAUUGAUGGAAAACCCAAAUGUGCUUUUGUAAACAUUAUCAUUGUGAGUGUGGCUGUUUUUCUCGAUGUGCCCUGCGAUUGGCUGGCGACCAGUUCAGGGUGUACCCCGCCUCAUGCCCAUUGACAGCUGGGAUUGGCUCCAGCAAUCCCGCGACCCUCGUGAGGAUAAGUGGCUAAGAAAAUGUAUGGAUGGAUGGGUAAUUCACGCUGUUUAUUUUGUAUUAAUUUAAACAUUAUUAAUUACAGUAUUUUAUUUUAUAAAAACAGAAUAUAUACAAUAAAUUGUUUUGAUAAUUGAGAUAAAUUAAUAAGUAAAUUUUAACAGGAAAAUUGGCUAAAUUAACAAAUAUUACAAGAAUCUUUGUAAUAUAAAAUCUUGGGGGGAGUUGGACAAAAAAGCCUCUUGAUUGUUUCACAUAAAAUAUUUGACUUCCUGAAAUCUAGUUCGCUUUAUCAUUUUACUGUGAAAAUCUCUCACUGUGCAUUUUUAUCAUUUUUUCCCCUUCUGAGUUUAAUAGUGUAUUUUGAGCAUACAAAUCAUUAAACAUUCCUUAAGUGAAAACAUCAUCGUGACCUGUCAGCUAAUGUGGCGCUCGCCAGCAAAUAAAAAGUACUGAGUUGUGGGGUGCUCAGCUGGGACAUCUGGUGGACAGGUGGGGAGUGACACGAAUUGAAUGUUAAUCGGAUAACGUCCAAGCCGAAGUGGGAGCAAGUGAGGAGGAUGGAGCAGCUGUCGUUAUCAUAUCCUCGUCCGCCCCCGUGCCCAACAUUUAUGCCAAAAACAAAACCAAAAAAACUUUGUUAUCCAGCAUCUAAUAACAUUAUCUUCUCACACAAUCUGUAAUCCCUCCUCCACCCUCCCCUCCUCUUGUAUUAGCCUCUCUUCAUCAAAGAACCGAUGUUGCUUUCAGGCUCUUUUGGAUCCCAUCUUUAGAUUUAAACGAGAUUCAAAUAUUGCCCCGGGAAGCCAUGAAUCUAAUAAUGCGCCGAGAAACUGUGAAACAAGCUGUCUUACAUAUUGUAAAUUUCCUCUCGCGGUGAAAUUUCACACACCUAGACAACUCUGAUACACUUAACAGGAUUAUCUAUGGCCUGCUAGAAAAAGUAA